AUGAACACCAAUGUCUGCGUGGAGCCCGGGCCGAGCCCGGAGGCCCCGGGCUUGCCCAAGGAAAGCCACCUGCCCGAGGGGGCCCUGAACAGCCUUGUGGAUUACAACUCGGAGAUGGAGCGCUACCGCUCCUUUGCCACCUCCUUCUACAAGACCAACGGGGGCGCCUUCCCGCAGGCCGCCAAGAUCGCGCGCAUCACCACCCCCAUCUUCCCCAGCAGCGCCGCCGCCGCCGCGGCCGCCGCGCGCAUCGGCAUGUCCCCCUGGAACUGCGACAACGCGGCCACCGCCGCCGCCGCCACCGCCAUGCUCUGGGGCAGCGGCGGGGGCGGGGGCGGCGGCGGGGGCGGCGGGGGUGGCGGGGGCGGCGGGGGCGGCAGGAAAUCCUCCUCCGCCGCCGCCUCCUCCUCCGCCUCCUCCUCGGCGAUCCUCCCCGCCGGCGGCGGUGGCGGUGGCGGCGGCGGCGGCGGCGGUGGCGGCGGUGGCGGCGGCGGCGGCAGCAGGACCAGCAUGCACCACCGAAACGACUCCCAGAGGCUGGGGAAAGCUGGCUGCCCGCCAGAGCCGUCGUUGCAAAUGGCAAAUACUAAUUUCCUCUCCACCUUAUCCCCUGAACACUGCAGACCUUUGGCGGGGGAAUGCAUGAACAAGCUCAAAUGCGGCGCUGCUGAAGCAGAGAUAAUGAAUCUCCCCGAGCGCGUGGGGACUUUUUCCGCUAUCCCGGCUUUAGGGGGCAUCUCAUUACCUCCAGGGGUCAUCGUCAUGACAGCCCUUCACUCCCCCGCAGCAGCCUCAGCAGCCGUCACAGACAGUGCGUUUCAAAUUGCCAAUCUGGCAGACUGCCCGCAGAGUCAUUCCUCCUCCUCCUCGUCCUCCUCAGGGGGAGCUGGCGGAGCCAACCCGGCCAAGAAGAAGAGGAAAAGGUGUGGGGUCUGCGUUCCCUGCAAGAGGCUCAUCAACUGUGGCGUCUGCAGCAGUUGCAGGAACCGCAAAACGGGACACCAGAUCUGCAAAUUUAGAAAAUGUGAAGAGCUAAAGAAAAAACCUGGCACUUCGCUAGAGGUCAGAGAAGAUGAUUUCUUGUUUCCCAGUCUCCCCUUUUCCAUGCUCACUCCUCUUUCCUCUCCCCUUCAGGGCUUCUUGUCUGGCUUCCACACGCAGUACCCCAUUACUGAAGCUUCCUUCAGGUUGUAAGAUAAGGUGGUGGGUAGGUGGAUUGCGGAGGGCAAGGCCUCUCUGCCUCCCUCCC